GGGAUAGUGUGUGAGAGAAAGAAAGAGAGAGCGAGAAAGAGAGAGCGACAGAUGGCUAUAAACCCAGGGGUGUCAGUGUUGCCAUACAGACAAAGGUAGCUCCGUAGUGCAUUUGCUCUCUCUCUCAUUCACACACACACUUACACACACAGGCAUUACAACUGCGUAGGUGUCAGACGGAAGAGGAAUGACACUGGCUUGCACACAGAGUAGCCUCAUGUUCAUAUCUUAACGGAAUCAGUUGUACCACACUCACACACUCAAUCAAUCGCACACACAAACCCCGUGUGCGGCCGUAAACAUGGGUCUCGUCAUGGGGACCUUUUCCAUGCAAUCCAAUAAGCAGGAUCGGACCUAUCGGAAAGAUAAAAUUGAUGAUGAUUUUGAGAUGAGCAUUGUGUGUCAUCGGCCAGAAGGGCUGGAUAAACUGGAGGCUCAGAGCAACUUCAGCAAAAGAGAGCUACAAGUCCUUUACCGUGGCUUCAAAAACGAGUGCCCUAGUGGGGUGGUGAACGAGGACACCUUCAAACAGAUAUACGCCCAGUUCUUUCCCCAUGGAGAUGCCAGUUCCUACGCACACUACCUUUUCGACGCCUUUGACUCAGCACACAGCGGAUCCAUCAAGUUUGAGGACUUUGUCAUGGCUCUGUCCAUCUUACUGAGGGGAUCAGUGAGGGAGAAGUUGACGUGGACUUUCAACCUGUAUGACAUAAACAGAGAUGGCUACAUCAACAAGGAGGAGAUGACAGACAUCGUCAGAGCGAUAUAUGACAUGAUGGGGAAGUACACCUACCCUGCCCUGAAGACAGACACUCCCAAACAACAUGUGGAUGCUUUCUUCCAGAAGAUGGACAAGAACAGAGAUGGAGUAGUCACUCUGGAUGAGUUCAUUCUGUCCUGCCAGGAGGAUGAAAACAUCAUGAGGUCCCUGCAGCUUUUCGAAAACGUCAUAUAAAUGAAACAGACAAAAGAGACACAGUGGGAAAACGAAAGAGAGAUAGGAAAGACCUUUGAACUGUGAGAAGAAAGAGCAGCCCACCAUUUAAUGGCAAAAAGGGACACACAUAAACUUUGCUGUCAGCAUGGUUAUGAGAGGUACUCAACACUGGCCGCCCAGCAACAGCUAUAUGCAUCUGCCGUGUGGCACAGUGUCUCACCAUCACAUUACAAUGGCAGUGACCAAUCAACGGGCUGGGUUAUGACCCCUCCCACUGACCUCUGACCCCUUGUACCUGUUUUUGAUCUUCCUGUGACCCUGUAAUCUUUCACCCUUGGUCCGAACUCUCUCAGUCUUGUUCUGUUGAUGUUGUCGUCGUUGUUAUGGUUACUGUUCUCCCAGAGAGUGUAUAUAACACAUGUUAAUUGACAUACUGACAUUAUAGAGACAUACACACACAUAUUAAGACAUACACACAUACCUACACUGUGUCAGGCCGGGAUUCAAUCCGAGGUGCACUAUUGAGCGAUCUCUUUGAACGUCGGGGAAGUUGCCCUUAAAAGUUGCACCGUCGACAGUCAGUGCGCUGCUCUAUAACACUCCUUGGAUUGAAUCCUGGCCUCAAUUUCACCACAAAUACAGUUUACAGAUACAAAUUGAGGACAUUUCCUGUACAUUUUCAUUUGUAGAAUUCAUGUGAUCUGUAUUCGACCGCAACAUAUUAAGAAAUAUAAAUUUAAAACAAGUCAGUCCUAACCCCGCUAAAUGCAGCACUCCUACUGUAUGUGUGUUAGUGUUAGUCAAUGUUUUUCAUGUUGUGGUGCCUUGUGUCAUUGUGUUUUUGGCUUCUAUCUUUCUGUCUGCACUGAGCUCCGUUCAUCUGCCUUUUGUCUGUCAAUCUGGCCAGAUGAUGUUCCCACCCACAGAACCUAGAUUGAAUGUUCUAUGGCAAUUUUGAAGUAGUGCUGAGCGAAUAACCAAAAUGUUGGUUUAUUUUCAGUUUGUAAAUAACUAAUUGACUGACAUUGGUUCCAUUAUUUGAAUUCCAUUUAGUUCUGCACCAUUUGUGCCAUUUCUCUAGAGAGAUUUCUCUCUGGGACAUCUUGUCCAGCUCAUCAGAGUUAAGCUCUGAAAACAUAGUAAUGAACUACAUUGACCAGAAUCCAUUGCCUACAGCUAGCUGCCUCCUGUUCUCAUUGGUUCUUUGCUGGGCAAGCCUGUGUGGCCGACAGACAGACACAGAGAGAUAGGAGAGGGCUAUUGAUAGUUGUUAUUUAGCAGUGUUAAAAGUAUGCCUUAUCUACUUUAUAGAACUACUUCAAAUGUGAUUUCAUCAGACAGCAGGCAGCUAACCAGCUAUGUAAGCCUGCUAUCCGGAAGGAUGACUCUGGGAGAACAGAGAUAGAUGGCUGGCUGGCAGCUACAGCCUAAGCAGAGAUGAGAUGAUGACUUGUAAUAAAAUAUUAAGUAAUCAAAUGAAAUUAAAAAAAUAUACACAACAACUGAAAUAUUUUAUUAAAGUAAUGUGAACAAGGGAUGGUUUGUUAAUAAGUGAUAUGCAGUAAUUGCAUAUCUUAGUGUAACCAUACUAAAAACAAAUAUGUAAUAUACAUAACCAAAAUAUUUAAUUUACUGUAAGUAAAGUCAUGUGAAUAAAUUAUGGUUUAGAGCCUAAUAACUGAUACUAAUAGGCUGUCACUCACUACCAUCAAUUAUUUUAUUCAUUGUUGUUACAGCAAUGAACAAUGCAUUUAUUGUAAAAAAUAAGAAAACCGCGAUUAUUUUUCAAAACCAAAACUGAACUCAAAAGCGCUAUUCGCUCAGCAGUAUUUUGAAGUGUAUUCUUAUGCUUUUUUGUGCCAAUAUGAGAGAGAGAGAGAGAGAGAGAGAGAGAGAGAGAGAGA